AAAAAAUCAAAAUAUGGCGGCAGUUUCAGAUGGAGGAGAGAAACCAUUAGGAACUUCCGUGGAUUGCGAUUUGCAAAAACAUCUGAAAGGACUAAACACGGCUACUCCUGACCUUUCUACGUUGGCGCAAAAGGGUGACGAAAGGGUAAGAAGGAAGAAACAAACUCGCAGCUACAAUGAGUACAUUUAAAUAGAUUUUGGGUUGUUGUAGCAGCUAACAGUACCAAUUCAACCGUGAUGUAAAUGUGAGCUUAAGUCUGUGACGCAGACUACAGUUUUUUAACUUAAUGCAUUAUGUAGAUAUAACUUAAGCUUGUAUGAAUUUGUACUCAAAGGCCGCUCCAUUUGAUUUUACGUCCUAAUACUGUAUACAUAAGCUUACACUGUACAUGUUGAGUCACAAUGCGGAUCUUUUUGCAGGUAGCGUCAUCACGAAAGAAAUGAAGGAACCAAACAUAAGAGUUCUCCUGGGGGCUUUGUUGUUUGGUUGUAUUGUUUCUUUUGUUGUAUGUAAUCUGUGCCUUGGUACCUAUUUACAGAAGUUAAGUUAUGCCGCUUACAGUGUAAUUUACGUAAAAUUUCAUUUAGCUACAGGAGAUCAGUAUAGGAUAAAAAACAACAAAAACAACAACAACGACAAACAAACAAACAAAGAAACAAGUAAAAAACAAACUCACUUUCAUGUUCAAAGUUUGUAUAAUAUUUUCUGCCUUUGAUUUAGUCCAUAACACUGUAUACAAUAAUGACUCUGAAACAAAUGAAAAUACUGGAACUCUCAAACCAGGGAUAAAUUAUUGAAUCGCAAUGUACACCGUUUGCACAGACAGUUACAUGUAUAUCUCUGACGCUGCGACAAUUCCACUUAAAGUGGUAAGUUAGGUCAGCAGCCUAUAAAAUGGAAAGCGCAAAAUAUCCAUUAAAGAACAACAUCAGUAUUUUGAGCUUCAGUUAUAAAAGUCUGACCAUUUUUGUGCUUUUAAGAAUUUAUUAAAGACUCGGUCUUAACUUACCCCCAAAUCCCUCUUUAAAUUUCCCCACAAAUAUGAAAGAACAUUAAAUUAAGUCAUUGACAUUUCUGCCAAAAACACAUACACAUGUCAAGCAGACAAGGCUUUGCUCUAAGGAAAACUGAAAGGAUCCAAUGCUCUGAAUCUAAGAAUUCAGGGCCCUCAGCAGAUAAUGAAAUUAUUUUCUGGUCGCUCAGGAGCAAAAGUCAGGUUCCAGUGGCCAGCGUCGGGCGCUGCUAGAACACAGCCUUGACCUACUGUAUGACAUUUCAAUGGCAAAUAGGUGCUUUGUUGGUUCAUGUAAUUUAAUUGGAGUUACAGUUUAAUUAAGUUUUUGAUUAGAAUGGAAUUUGUCAGAUUGAAUUGCUUGACUUUGCUUCAUUUUUACUUUAAUCAAACUCAGAGCAUUUUUUAUUUAAAUAACUUUCAAGAUUAUUAAGGUGUUUUAUUUCCCUUUCAAAAGCUUGUGGAACAGUUUAUGACUGAAGAUAUUCAGAUUGGUGGCACAGCAGAUGAAAAGCUACAAAGUCAAUUGUAUAUUGGUAAAUAACAAUGUACCGGGUAUAUAACUAUUGUAUUCAGGUUGAUAGACCUUUAUAAUAUGUAACUGGAGGCUUAAUUAUUAUUGAUUGUCGGACAAUUUAAACCUUAGGAUUUCAUUGUAGAGGUAAUAAAGGAUAACCCAAGGAGGGAUGUAUGUCAGUUGAAAUUUAAUGCAACUUUAGGGAGAGUAGCUGUCCACUUCAAUCAUGACACUGUUAUAUUUAUGGUGGAUAUACCCAGACGCAAAGGGGCAAGGUAUAUAUCCAGCUCUGUUCACCAACCCUGAGGGGAAUAGUCGUUUUAGUAUUUACCAAAUCAGUUGGAUAGAAAUGAAAAAAAGUAACUUUUGGUAAAUUAAAAACGUCACUAAGUACGAACUUUAUUUACAAUUUACAAACAUUUCGGGAAUUUUGUCGUGUAUUUUUACAUUUUUGUUGAAAAUUAGCAUGACAAUAAUUUUCUACUAACCAGUAAACACUGGCAGCCAAAGUUUGUCCUUUCUUGGUAUUUGUUUGUACGACUGCUUCACGUAUCGCUCAAAUUUCAUCUUUUGAAAAUGUCUCGAAGUUACAACACUCCAUCUUGGCUCUGGUCGCAAAACAGUGAAUAGCCAAGAAUAUUCUGAGUUACUGGAGCUAAUCAAAACAUGCAGAAAUUGCUAUUCGCUGAUUUGGUAAAUAUUAAAAAUCAAUAUGCAUGUAUAUCCCUUCUGGGUUUAUUAAAUUCACUGGAUCGCUAACGUUGGUGGAUUAUCAUACAGUGUACAUGGAAUAUUAAAUCAAUUAUGUCACUUAGAUGAAUAUUUCAUUCUUUCAGCUUGUUUCUGGGGCUUUUAUGAUGUUGUUAAGACUCUUCUAGACAAAGGAGCAGGUAUAUAAUAUUAUCACUUAACGGUAGUCAACAUAAUUAUUUUUUUGUCCCGUAGUUAGUUGAUAUUCCUUAAUGCAAAAUUUCCUUGAGGGAAAUUGCAAAACUUGUCACUUAUCUGAAUAUAAAGUGCAGAAUUUUUUGUGUUUGAUUUCACUUCCAGAAUAUUGAGCUUAAUUUUCAUAUAUUUCAGAAGGCCUGCUAGUGAGAUCAACCAAUCACCAGUACCCUAAUUCUCUUCUUUUUCUUAUAAUUUUAUUUCGUGAUUUUCAGACGUUAAUGCACAGAAUAAAGAAACUCUCUGGACUCCCCUUCAUGCUGCCACAUUUCAGGAACAUGGAAAGGUAUUUGAAAUAUUUGUUUGGCUUUUGUUCCAACUGUUUCAUUCACCAUAAUAAUGGGGAAGUUAAACAGAGAACCCUAGCAGCUGACAGCAGCAGUUGGAGAAACACCCCACACAAACAACUAAAGCUGGGCGAAGAAAAGCGGAUCGUGAUGACAGACGGGCAGCGAGCUUGCAGAAAGGAUUCCUCCAUCAGACUUGAAACCACACACAAAUGCGACCUCUGCGACAGAAACUGUCACUCUCAGAUUGGCUAGCCUGCGGUGCAGGCGUAUUUUGGGUGGGCGAAACCUUGUUCGUGUUCGUAAUAUUGUUGUAGCCGCCAUCUUUGAUUUUAUGACAGUGGAAGAUUGGGGAGAGUAGAAAUAGUAACCCUUACGGUAGGUGUGAGGGCGCAAGAAGGAAAGGGGGGAGGGGGAGGGGAGAAAAAACAUACGCCUGCCUGAUAUCAUUGUUCUUUUGGGAAACUCCGUACGCUGGCAAACGGAGCUCCUGAUUGGUGCGGCAUAGGGAAGUAGAUUGAUGCCUGUCAAUUAACUGUAAGUCUAUAUUGUUUACUCCGUUUCUGUCAGUCUUUUAGAAUUGGAGCGGCUGGGAAUGUCGCGUGUAUUAUGCAAUGAGAAAGUCAAAGCCAUUUCUACACUGGUCAUCAGGACAAGAUUUGCUCGCAGUACUAAAACCUUCCAAUACGUUCUUUUUUCUGGCGAGUAGAUUAUGCUCUAGAGGGUUCUAUGUUUUGACUGAGCAAAUGUGAUUUUAGCCCCUUGUUUCACACUGAGAGGUCAUGACACGCUUAUUGAUUUUCUGUGGUUUUUGAAUUUCUGGUCUUCAUGAUUUGCGUUUUCUUUGACCUCUUUUGAAGCGUAAAGCUCUUUUUGCCGCUAAAUAAGGCUGUUAGGUUCUUAAUUUUCUUUCUAGUCCGAGAAUGUGAUGUUUUCCUGCAAUGUUGUAUCACGCUGGGCCCAGCUCGUUAAUUUUUUAAAAAAAAUUGUUUGCAGGAUGUUAAACUCUCAUGGAUAGAGAUUUACAGAGAUGAAUUUAGAACAAUGAAUUGCAGCUUAAACUGAAGCUUCAUCAGCUGUGGAGAGUUGCAUUGUGACUCAGUCAAGAUAAAAACAAUGAUAAACUGCAGCUUGUUUUUCUUAAGAUAAUGCGAGUCUUGUGGACAGUCUUUGGACUGGUUUGGUUGUUUUGUUAUUGUCGGCUACUCAUUUCCGGAAGAGCGGUCACGCGCGUCUAAUUAGGGGGUGUUUCUCAUUUUCACAGUGUUUUCGGGCAGGCGUUUUCUCUUCUCUCUCCCCGCUCCCUCCCCGCUCCCUUUGACUCGCCCCAUCUCUUCCUCUCUUCGGGAAGUUUCAACAUGGCACUUUCGCGAGCAAAUUGCGCGCUCAAAGAAAACGCCUGCACUGCAGGCUACAGAUUGGCCUGUUUAGUGACAGGCGACGCUGCUCAAACUAAGCUGACAGCCUGGAGGUAUCUACCCAUGGUCGACCCUGACCGACAGGGGCCUCACAGGGAAGAGACUGCAAGACUCCCCUCACCUCCCUUCCUCAAUGCCACUUUUUUUAUUCCUUUCCUUACUGUAAAAUUAGUGUAAUUUAAUAGCUGUUUGACUGUUUACCUACAGAUUGUGAUGCUUCUUUUGGAGAGAAAUGCACAGCCUGAGCUUCCUGAUUGUGAAGGAAGGUAUACUCCAUUUCUAUGCAUUAUUUUAUCAAAGCAACUGUAUACAGCAGUUGUGAUACAGUGUGAGUGCCAUAUAAUUAAACACCACUAUGCCUGACAUGAUGUUGCAAGGCCAUGCUCUAAGAUUUAAAAGCUUGGAAUCCGGGGUGCCCAACAUUACGACUUUCGUGUGCAAGAUUUCCUUGUCCCCACAGGGCCACCAGGCUCUGCAUAGGCAUAAACCUUUCAUUGUUACUAAUGUAGUUUUUGUUUUGUUUUCUUUCAUUUUAUAAUGGAGAACUGCAAAGGACUUUGCCUCAGCAUCUGACAAAGUUUGGCCACAUUUUGCCGGUAAAAAUAAAUGUGUACAGUGCAAAAAAUCAUUUUUCCUUAUACCGUGCCAGAGAGUUGUUCUGUAAACUGAAAAGAUCAAAGUUGUAAGUGACUCUGCCAGCAGGGUAGUGUACAUGGAGAAUAACCAAACGACUUGAAUUGUACUAAUUAAAAUCAGUUCAUUUUUGUCCUUUACACACUGACUAUCAAGUACAUGUAAAUGACAGUAACCGCGUGUUAAGUACGUAUUAUUACUCAACAGUAAUAACAACUGUUAAUUUUGUCCACAGUAAUACUUGAUUGAAUUGUUCUUUUGAUACUUGUACACAAUAGACAAGUCUGUUCAUAUGUACCUUGCUAAAGAUCGGCAGCUGCAGUGUAAACGUAACUCAUCUGAAACAAUCUGAAGGAAAAAAAAUCAAUCAGGCAUCUUGGUACUUCUAACCUAAGUCAGCUUUGGAGUUGAAUUAAAAAGGAAGUGUAACUGAGAUUAAGCGCUACAGACUUGAAAAUCCAGCAGAAGUAUUUUCAUUCUUGGUGGAAAUCUUUUCAGUAAGGUGGGCCGACUCUUGGGUGGAAGUUAAUAAAUCCCAGCACGCUGCCAAGUAGUGUAUGCGAAAUUUGUUAAAUAAUGUCUUCGGUUAUAAAGAUAGAUACUAGAAAAAAAACGGACUAAUACUAGAAAAAGUGUGUCAGUUGUUUUGCUUGAAAAAGGUGUUCCAAAUACAGAACUCAGGGGUUCAAAUGAUACAAAUUAAUAAAUUUUUGGAUCAGUAAUCUUAUUUUCCUGCCACUUACGAAAAGCUUUUUUUCAUAUUGUCGAAUUUUUAGCUUUAAACUGCCCAAGAACAUCAAAGCAAGAGCUUAUAGAAAAAGGAAUAAUAAAAAAGGUAAUAUUGUUUUUUGUAAUUUAAUUGUUUACCCGCGGAGCACUUCUAAGGAGUUAUUUUAAGAAAAAGAACUCGUUGGAACGUGUCCGUGCGUCCCAGAUCGAAUUGGAAUUUGGAAGUGUUGGUUUUAAAGGAGAUGGGAAAACCGGAUUACCCGGAGAACCCCCAACCGCCAACCGAGCACUUACCCUCGUUUUGAAACAGAGGCCCGGGGAACUCGGAAAUGGCCUAAUCACUGCAGCAGUGGAUUUUGGCGAAAAAAUGCGAUACUUUCUCCUUAGACAUACCUUCAGCGAAAUAACGACGCAAUUGGUAGCUAUAGUGGCCGUAAAAAUCUGCGACUUCAACGAAUAAUCAAAACGAAGAACAACUUUCCGAAGAAAAAUGGAUGAAACCACAAUCCUGAAAACCCGAUACCCUUAGUAUUAAUUUGAUGCGUGUCUUAAAGAAGUUUAUUUUGCAAUUAAUUAUAGCUGGAGGAGCCUUCUAGGGCUGGCUCAGCCGGUAGGCCAGGAUCAGGUCCCAAAGGUAGACUGGUAAGUAACUUGUCUUAGUAUGUGUAAUCAAAUGGUGACGUUGGACAAAACGCAAGUGAAAUGAUUCCCUAAUUUCACGAGUAUACCAUUUGAUUACCUAUUAAUAUCAUGGGUGACGAAUUACGUUAGCAAUCUUGGAUUUUUGACAUGUUUAUCCUGGAUCGUAUCGAUCGAGAACUCCACUCUCUCAAAUGUUUAGACCUUAAAUUUGGCUUAUAAAGUUCAGAAUUUUACGGACUUUUUCGGCAAAAUACCUGUUAGAAUCCUUCUUGAUGUUCUCUUGUGUGUUCAGGUUUUCUAAAGCGUCUUUUUGUGCCUUGACAUCUUCAUUCACGGCAUUUUAAAACUUCGUCGCCAUCUUGACACUGAGACGUACGGAAGGGUUGCCAGGGCAAUUUCGUAAUUUCACAUGUCAAAUUACAAAUUAACGGUGAAAUUUCGCGCCAAAAUUAAGGAGUAAUUCGUCACCUAUGAUAUUAUGAUUAAUAAUUUCCUCGGUUCAUGCAAAUCAACUCCAAUAGAUCUAGAAGCCGGAUGACCUCAAUUUAGACCAGCUUUCAAAUGUAUGUUUUUAACACAGGUCAAAUCAGGGUUUUGUUUUGUUCUUCUUUGCUUCAGUGUAAAACCUUAUAAUAAAGUUUCGAACAGUUUUUUUUUCGUCUGCUGAUAGCCAAAACCCAGCUCGUGAUUAUUUUAAUGAAUGCCAACUGAGCUAAACUUUCUGUGGUAUUAACUCCUAUAAUUUUAGUUGUCUGGGAAUCUGUGGAUAAAAUUGUAUAAGGUGAACAUUCUAAUAAGAGCUACUUGGGGGAAUGAUUUCCUGUGGUGCACGGUGGACCCUCGUUAUAACGAAGGGUCAAGGAGCUGAGAAGAUGAAAUAUGUACACACUUACAUUACAUGUAUAUCGAAAAAAAAAACGAGUCAACCCAAACAAAACGGAAUUUUAAAUUUUUAAACAGAGUUAACUCAAUUUGUAACUAGAGUAAAUAAUGUGGCUUUGGGACUAAAGAGCUGCACAGCUCUGACAUAACGUGUCUCGUUUGUUAUUAUUCAUCCAGGCAGCUUUUUCCAGACCGGGAUCAGCAUAUGUUCUUCAGACCGAUCCCUUUGCCAAGAAACGCAGCAAUCAAGAGAGCAUAGACUUCCCCCUUGGUAAGAUUAUCCUUUAGGCGUUUGUCGGGGAGAGUGGGGGCGGGGUGGAAGCAUCCCUGUAAAAACAAAAGCGGAUUACCCAGAGAAAAACCUCUAGGAACAGUUCUUAAAAAGAAGAAAAAAGGACACGGACGCUUGUCGAAAUUUUUGAAACGUAUCUCCGUAAGGUACUGCAUGAAGUGAAGGAAAACGCAGUCUGUUUUCAAAAUUUUUACACAGGAAUCCAAGGAAAUGAGCUUUUCUCUCAUCGCAUACUUGCAAAGGUCUUCACGUCACGGUCUGAUGUAGAGUCAGCUCUCCACACAUCACCUGAGUACAUCAGAACACAUUUUCCUUUUCCUUUAUUAUAAUUUUUUUUUUCAGUACUAUUUUAGAGAAAGUCGAAUUCAGAAUUCAAUUUAGACCAUGUGGGCCUAACCAUUUAACUUUCUAUCUGGCUGUCUACGUCUGUCUCUGUCCAUGUAGCUUUCUGUCCAUACCAUAACAUCUCGAUCCGGCCAUAGAUACUUCCACUGUGUUCAAGCCGCGCUUCGAACGGACACACACACUGCUACCCUUCUUUUUAAACUGCACAUCACUUAACGACAUUUCAAAUAUAAUGGGAAAAAAAAAGUAGCCAAAUGAUCUUAAAAUUUGGCGAAACCGCUCUCAGACAAAAAGACAAACUUGAUUGGGUUAAAAUUGACAGGUUAGUCUCUCCUUUUUUUUUUUUUUCAGGGUCACCUGCCGGCGGUGAUGUUUUGGCAGAUACAAGAACGCAAGGGCGGGGCGAUCAUGCCGACAAGCCGGCGUUCUCCUUAUGGCGUUCAUGAAAAUGACCCCUUUUUGUUCUUUAAUGAGUGGUACGGAAAAGCGACCUAUUGUAUAGCUUUGUUUCAGUUGAGAAAUGAUAAGUUACGAAGUCAGAGUGUAAAUUAGUGAUGUACUUUUUGAACAGAUAUUAUUGGUGUCAAGGUAUUUGCUUUAUAUGAAAGGGUUUUACUUUGAAAAUUGGAAAAUUAGCACCAGUGACGAUUUUUUUUUGCUGUUUGUACAUAUUUCACUUCACCUUUAUUAUCAAUUGCUGCAAUAUAUUAAAAAUAUUUUCUUCUUUUUUUAAAGUAUCAGUCAUCAGUGGUUUGCAGUUUCACAGGGGCACCCAACUAGAAUAUAGUUCAAAACCACUUAAACAUAUAUAGCAUUGUUAAACGUAUUUUAGUAUUUAAACGGUAGAUAUUGGCAUAUUUUUAUCCCCUAAAAAUUUUUCAUCUGUUCAGAUUUCCUAGCUGAAAGUCUAGUGAUCCGAAAAUUAUAGGGAUCAAAACUUGCCUUUUCGAAAAUUUCGCCACAAAAAGGCUUCCGAAAAUUGUAGGUGACCUUUUUAGGGUAAAAAUCCGUUAAAAUAGGCAAAUAUACCAGUUUUUGGAUGUUCGAAAAUCCUAGGAGAGGCAGGCAAGCAAGAAAUUUUACAACAAAUGUUUCGAAAAUUCUAGAUCUCAAAUCGUCUUCCGAACAGAUAUUCUUCCGAAAAUUGUCGUUGGGUGCCCCUGGUUUCAGCUUUGCGGAGACUUAGCCUUCUCGGUCUUCUUUGUUAGAAGGGACAAUAGACUUGACGACUGAAUACUUGUUUGCAGUUUACACAUUCAAGAAAGUAGGCUUUUCAGUGUUCAAAGGCAUCUCUGAAGCUUUAACCGGCUUCCGAGCCUGGCGAAUCUGAAGACUAUGGCCGUGUGCACACUUAUAUUACAAAAGUAAACAGAACGUUCAACCUUCUUUUUUUCUGCCAAAGUGAACGAUCGAGUCUCUUAUGGAGGUUCUAACUUUUGAAUCAGUGGACGAAAUCCAAUAGUAUGACCAUUCAAAUGAAACCUCUCCAGCAGUACUUUCACUUAGUACUAUUUAUUUAGUUUGUAGUUCCAACUUUUGAGUCUGUGGAUGAAAUCCUAUGGUGUUACCAUUCAAAUCAAACCUCUUCAGCAAUACCUCCACAUGGUACUUUUUAUUUAGUAUGUAGCUCUAACUUUUGAGUCUGUUGAUGAAAUCCUAUGGUGUUACCAUUCAAAUGAAUCCUUUUUGGCAGUACUUUCACAUAGUAUUAUUUCUUUUCAGAAUCAAACUUAGAAAUUUUGUUCAAUUUUAACUUGGGUCAACUUUGACAGUGAAAGGGGUAACCACAACUAGAACUACCGUAUUCUCCUGAUGGUGCCUUUUUGUUAACGUUUCGAUAGUUUAACUUGUCCUUGAAGCACUUAGGUUACGAGUAACUGGUACAGACUUAAGAAUAAAAAUUUAAUCCGUAUUGUAAUGAUCAUGGCAAUAAUCAUCAUUUCAUUUUUCAAAUGAGUCAAGUAGAGGAAAGGAAGACUGAGGGAUCACGAAUUCCUAGAUCUGGAUAAAAUGAACUGCACACACAAGUUAAUAAACCUCACCUUUAUUGACAAUCUUCUCAGUUUUAAAAGCAAACUACAGUAACAAACAAAAUACAGUGAGCAGGUUCAAAAAUUGAUGGCUUACAGAUUUCAGCAUCCAAGCGGUAAAAAGUAAUUGACAAAUAGUAAAAGACUCUUGCAUCGAUAUCCCUAAUAAGCGCCGCUCCUUGCCUUCCCCCUCGAUCUAUUCCUCUCCUUUUUCUCUGCUAGUGUGAUUGACGGGCAAUUCAGACUGGCCAAAACUCCUAAAAGCCAGGUUUUAGCAAAUUCAUUUCGGUCUUUGCGACAGAUUAUGGGAAUGAAGCGGAAUUGGCUGUUUAAUGAACUCAAACACGGCAUUUGGGGCCUCAUUGGCCUGUUAUGAAAUUUAUAUGUCGCUAGAAUUCCAACCGGCUGUUAUAAAAAUACAAAAACAACUAUUUCAGCGCUGCCAUAAUUCUAAUAAGAGCUACUUGGGGGAAUGAUUUCCUGUGGUGCACGGUGGACCCUCGUUAUAACGAAGGGUCAAGGAGCUGAGAAGAUGAAAUAUGUACACACUUACAUUACAUGUAUAUCGAAAAAAAAAACGAGUCAACCCAAACAAAACGGAAUUUUAAAUUUUUAAACAGAGUUAACUCAAUUUGUAACUAGAGUAAAUAAUGUGGCUUUGGGACUAAAGAGCUGCACAGCUCUGACAUAACGUGUCUCGUUUGUUAUUAUUCAUCCAGGCAGCUUUUUCCAGACCGGGAUCAGCAUAUGUUCUUCAGACCGAUCCCUUUGCCAAGAAACGCAGCAAUCAAGAGAGCAUAGACUUCCCCCUUGGUAAGAUUAUCCUUUAGGCGUUUGUCGGGGAGAGUGGGGGCGGGGUGGAAGCAUCCCUGUAAAAACAAAAGCGGAUUACCCAGAGAAAAACCUCUAGGAACAGUUCUUAAAAAGAAGAAAAAAGGACACGGACGCUUGUCGAAAUUUUUGAAACGUAUCUCCGUAAGGUACUGCAUGAAGUGAAGGAAAACGCAGUCUGUUUUCAAAAUUUUUACACAGGAAUCCAAGGAAAUGAGCUUUUCUCUCAUCGCAUACUUGCAAAGGUCUUCACGUCACGGUCUGAUGUAGAGUCAGCUCUCCACACAUCACCUGAGUACAUCAGAACACAUUUUCCUUUUCCUUUAUUAUAAUUUUUUUUUUCAGUACUAUUUUAGAGAAAGUCGAAUUCAGAAUUCAAUUUAGACCAUGUGGGCCUAACCAUUUAACUUUCUAUCUGGCUGUCUACGUCUGUCUCUGUCCAUGUAGCUUUCUGUCCAUACCAUAACAUCUCGAUCCGGCCAUAGAUACUUCCACUGUGUUCAAGCCGCGCUUCGAACGGACACACACACUGCUACCCUUCUUUUUAAACUGCACAUCACUUUACGACAUUUCAAAUAUAAUGGGAAAAAAAAAGUAGCCAAAUGAUCUUAAAAUUUGGCGAAACCGCUCUCAGACAAAAAGACAAACUUGAUUGGGUUAAAAUUGACAGGUUAGUCUCUCCUUUUUUUUUUUUUUCAGGGUCACCUGCCGGCGGUGAUGUUUUGGCAGAUACAAGAACGCAAGGGCGGGGCGAUCAUGCCGACAAGCCGGCGUUCUCCUUAUGGCGUUCAUGAAAAUGACCCCUUUUUGUUCUUUAAUGAGUGGUAGGAAAAGCGACCUAUUGUAUAGCUUUGUUUCAGUUGAGAAAUGAUAAGUUACGAAGUCAGAGUGUAAAUUAGUGAUGUACUUUUUGAACAGAUAUUAUUGGUGUCAAGGUAUUUGCUUUAUAUGAAAGGGUUUUACUUUGAAAAUUGGAAAAUUAGCACCAGUGACGAUUUUUUUUUUGCUGUUUGUACAUAUUUCACUUCACCUUUAUUAUCAAUUGCUGCAAUAUAUUAAAAAUAUUUUCUUCUUUUUUUAAAGUAUCAGUCAUCAGUGGUUUGCAGUUUCACAGGGGCACCCAACUAGAAUAUAGUUCAAAACCACUUAAACAUAUAUAGCAUUGUUAAACGUAUUUUAGUAUUUAAACGGUAGAUAUUGGCAUAUUUUUAUCCCCUAAAAAUUUUUCAUCUGUUCAGAUUUCCUAGCUGAAAGUCUAGUGAUCCGAAAAUUAUAGGGAUCAAAACUUGCCUUUUCGAAAAUUUCGCCACAAAAAGGCUUCCGAAAAUUGUAGGUGACCUUUUUAGGGUAAAAAUCCGUUAAAAUAGGCAAAUAUACCAGUUUUUGGAUGUUCGAAAAUCCUAGGAGAGGCAGGCAAGCAAGAAAUUUUACAACAAAUGUUUCGAAAAUUCUAGAUCUCAAAUCGUCUUCCGAACAGAUAUUCUUCCGAAAAUUGUCGUUGGGUGCCCCUGGUUUCAGCUUUGCGGAGACUUAGCCCUUUCUCGGUCUUCUUUGUUAGAAGGGACAAUAGACUUGACGAGUGAAUACUUGUUUGCAGUUUACACAUUCAAGAAAGUAGGCUUUUCAGUGUUCAAAGGCAUCUCUGAAGCUUUAACCGGCUUCCGAGCCUGGCGAAACUGAAGACUAUGGCCGUGUGCACACUUAUAUUACAAAAGUAAACAGAACGUUCAACCUUCUUUUUUUCUGCCAGAGUGAACGAUCGAGUCUCUUAUGGAGGUUCUAACUUUUAAAUCAGUGGACGAAAUCCAAUAGUAUGACCAUUCAAAUGAAACCUCUCCAGCAGUACUUUCACUUAGUACUAUUUAUUUAGUAUGUAGUUCCAACUUUUGAGUCUGUGGAUGAAAUCCUAUGGUGUGACCAUUCAAAUGAAACCUCUUCAGCAAUACCUCCACAUGGUACUUUUUAUUUAGUAUGUAGUUCUAACUUUUGAGUCUGUGGAUGAAAUCCUAUGAUGUUACCAUUCAAAUGAAACCUCUUCAGCAAUACUUUCACAUGGUACUAUUUAUUUAGUAUGUAGUUC